GCACACCCGUCCCAUCCAUCGUCGUUGUGAGCAACCGUGCAGGGAAUCCUGCAGCUGCAGAUGGCAGUAGAACCUACAGACCCGGAGCGUCGACGCGAAACAACACCUCUCCCGAAAUUACAAACGACAGUCGCGCUCCUGAUCGCUCAUGCAGAACCAGUCACUGGACAAGUUAUAUACCCUUUCAUACCCGCUUUUGUUCGCAGGACUGGGGUUACGGGUGGAGAUGAGAAAAGUACGGGGUAUUAUGCUGGGAUUAUUGAAUCUCUGUUUUUUGUCACGGAAUGUCUUACUGUCUAUCAUUGGGGUAGAGCUUCAGAUAGGAUUGGAAGACGGCCGAUUUUGCUCAUUGGCCCGCUCGGGUUGACUGUUGCGAUGUUGGGAUUUGGGUUGUCAAAGACGUUUUGGCAGUUGGUGGUUUUCCGAUGUGCGCAGGGCGUGUUUAAUGGAAAUUUAGGUGUGGUCAAGACCCUUAUGGUGGAGUUCACAGACGACACCAACCUAGCAGACGCCUUGACGCUCUUAACGCUCGCCUGGAACGUAGGCUCUACGAUUGGGCCCGCCAUGGGUGGUAUUCUGUCAGACCCUGCAGAGCAAUGGCCUCGCACAUUCAGGCACCCAUUCUUCCGCGAGAAUCCUUAUUUCCUUGCAUGUGCAGCCGCGGCGAUGUGUGCAUUCACGGCAUUCAUAUUCGCAUUCCACUUCUUGAAAGAGACCCUUAAUACUUCUCCGUCGAGCGAUGGACCAUCAGAACGUGAUCCUCUCCUCGCCGGAAGUAACGAAGAAAAUCAGAACAAAGCUCAACUUACAAUCUACGAAAUCGUCGUCCCAAACCUUCCACUCCAACGCUCCCUCAUCACCCUUGCUAUCUUUUCCCUCACUCACAUGUCCUACCGAGUCCUCAUUCCCCUCGUAUACUCCACUUCCAUCCCCUCUGGUGGCCUCGGCUUGUCUCCAUACCAGAUCGGGAUAGUUCUAGGCAUAUAUGGUGUAUGUAACGGCAUCCUCCAACUCUUCGUCUGGAAACCAAUGCUGAAGCGGAUCGGACCGAAGAAGAUGUUCAUCCUCUCGUAUUCAUUUCAUACCUUGAGGAUGUUGAUGAUGACGCUUGCGAGAGUUGUCGCGGCGAGGGUGGGGAGCGCUAAUUGGUUGGUUUGGACGUUUAUCGUUGCGCAGAUGGGCGCGUCUACGUUGGCUGCUACUGCGUACAAUGCGAUCACAACUCUAAUCGUCAAAUCCGCACCUCCAAAUGCACUCGGAGCCGUUAAUGGUAUUCAACAGAUGAUUUCGUCUGGAUUGCGAGGACUUGCGCCGAUAGUGGCCUCUUCACUUUUCGCAGUGUCUUUGGCACUCGAUUGGAAAGUCUCAGGGGGUUCGGGCGGUGUCUGCAGAUAUUUCGUGGAUAUACUGACGAUUGGUUUGAUUAUUUUUGGCGUUUGGUAUUCAAGGAGGCUUCCGAGUUAUAGACUUAUUUGAUUCCUUGUGGUCGUUUCGUGCUCACUGAGGGAGAAAAAGAGAAUUAGAUACGCUCAGGCAGGGGAACUUGGAACCGAUAGCGAGGAAG